GGCACUUCCGUGCCUUCGCGGUCGUGACCCCGGAAGUGUUAUGUCGGCGGAGAACCCGCUGAAGGCGAAGGCGGCUGCUGGUGGUGGUGGUAGUGGCGGCUGCUCGUCCGAAGGAGCGCGAGCGAUAUGAGAAGCUAGGCGGCUGAGGCGCCGCUGAUUGGUUUGGGCCCACAUAAUCCAAAAAAGAAGCAAGAUCUGGAUAAGCUCUAUGACCUCAAAGCUAAAGCUCAGCAGAUUAUGAACCAGUUUGGUCCAUCUACCUUGAUCAAUUUAUCAAACUUUUCUUCAAUCAAAGCAGAAGCAGGCAACACUCCUCCUCAUAGUUCCAUGGCAAACAAUACCUCUGUGGCAAAGAUGCCUGGGACCCCCAGCAGUGGGGGGCGCCUCAGUCCUGAAAGUAAUCAGAUAUUAACGAAGAAGAAACUGCAGGAUCUGGUUAGAGAAGUGGAUCCGAAUGAGCAGCUGGAUGAAGAUGUGGAGGAGAUGUUGCUGCAGAUUGCUGAUGACUUCAUUGAAAGCGUGGUGACCGCUGCCUGCCAGCUCGCACGGCAUCGCAAGUCUAACACUUUGGAAGUAAAGGAUGUCCAGCUGCAUCUUGAACGCCAGUGGAAUAUGUGGAUCCCAGGUUUUGGCUCUGAAGAAAUCAGGCCAUAUAAAAAAGCCUGCACUACAGAAGCUCACAAACAGAGAAUGGCAUUGAUCCGCAAAACAACCAAGAAAUAACUCUGGGGAAAAAGACAAAGAAAUUAAAAGGAAAAAAAUAGAAAAAGACUCUUCUAUGAGAAAAAGAAAAGAAAAGUCUGCCUCUGAAGCUGUGGAGUUACCCUUGAGGUCAUCUAUGGGAUAAUUUUUAUUUUUAUUUUUUUUUGCAAUGCUUCAUAGGGAAGCGUCUAUUUUCACAGUGCAGCAAUAAAAGAGUUAUUAGAGAAGAUCUGCCAACCAUCAAUAAGUCUCCUCGCAUCUCUUGCCCCAGAGGAACUUAUCUCGGAGCCUAGACUUUUAUUUUCCUCCUUCCAAGCGAUAUUACGGUAUCCAUGAUUGUCCAAGGGAUAAAAUAUUUUGCUAUUUUUGAGAACAGUAUUAGAAGUGGCCAUAGACGAUUUUUUUUCCCCAUUCCUCCCCCCCCCCCCCCCCUCCUUCCUUACUUGUAAUGUUGCUAUUUAUGGUAUUUGGACUUCUUUCAGAAAAUGAAUGAUGGAUCUCCAAAAGCAGACCACAGUAUUGACAGGAGCUUCAGUUGAAAGCAAAUUCCUUUCUUUUCUUUUCUUUUCUUUUUUAUUUAACGCUCAGGAUGGCGGUAGGAGAAAAGUUGAAUUCUUUUUGUACCACAAGUCCUGUAAAAAAUGCAGUAGGAACAAGACUUGAACUACAAAAUCAAAAUUAAAAAAAAAAAAAACACCAGUCUGCAGGUCCGGUUAAACCCACCUUACUUGUUCCCAAGAUAAUAGUCUCUGACAAAUGUCUGUGGAGUGGGAUCGCUCACCCUUCUUCGCAUCCAGAAGUUUGUGGUACAAUCUGUGGUUUGUUCUUUUUUUUUUUCUUCUUCUCCUGUAAGAGUGAGUGAAAUACACCUUUUGAUCGGAUGCUGGCACUCUUUUUUUUCCCAGGAAGGUUCUGAAUUCUUAAAAGCACACUUGACAUCCAGCAUUUUACUGGCGGGUAGAAGUAUUUGCUGUUUCAGAUAUUUGUGCAUUGUGAAAACGACUUCACUGCUUCUGGAGGGGGAAGGUUGUUUCUGAAGUAGGCGCUUGCAAGGAAGUGUGUAUCCUCCCCUCUCCCACUUCACACUUGAUAAGCUACACAGGAGCAGCCGAGGGGGUGCUUGGCCAAUACUCUGAAUGAGGAAACAGCCAUUGAUUUGGGUUCCCCAUCCCUCAUUGUCCUUUGUUCUCUAUCACAUAAGUUCUGACUGCAUCAGCUUUGCGUUGAGCUCAUCCAGCAGGGACUUUUAAAGAAGAAUUUGUGUAAGUUUCCACUAGUUGAAAAUGUAACAAUAAAUGAAUACCCUAUGUA